UUCUUUGGGUCGUCUAUGGUCGCGUCGCGAAGUCUCUCCACAUUCAAAUAUAAAGCAAAGCGUCUACGAAGGAAAAAAAAAAAAAAAAAAAAAAAAAAAAAACAAAAACGCGGUCCAAAGUGACUUGUCUGAAGAAUGACAAUUGUGUUUGUCGAUUCUUGUUCAAGACUUUUCUAUUGAAUGGCCUCUUUGUGGAUUGCUUUUUGGUAAGAGACCGAUUUUUUAAAAAAACAAGUAACAAAUUCGUAGUAGAAAUGUAAUACGAUUUGACAGGUUACAAGGUUUGUUUUUAUCCCAAACGAACGUUCUUUAUGUACUUCAAAGGGUCUUUUCAAGACCCUUGUAUUUCAGAGAAAAAAAUUAGAGAGCUUUCUUUUAUGAUAAUAGUUGGAUGAAUUAGCGAAACGGACGCCUUUUCAUGGAAUGUUCCUUUCUCCAAAAUGCUUCCCUAAAGGAAACCACCAAAUAGAAAAACAAAUCUAUGUUUACAAAUAAAAACUUCAAAUAUGUCGGAGUAACUUACAACAGCGCUUCAAAGAAGCUAUUCUAGCUUGCCUUUGUUUACAUUUCCAACCGAUCAUGAUUUAAAGUUGUCCAUGACGAGAGUCUGUGACUCCAGAUGUAAUCGUCAUGGAAGCAAUAAACAAACCAACCUGUUCAACUAAACCAAGAGACAGACAAGGAGAGAAGCUCUGAAAUAUUCAUCAAUAGAAAAGUAAAAGGUCAUUUUUGAAUGGUUUUCAAAGGAGAAAGAAGGAAAUGACAGUUAGCGAUGUUUUCGAAAGAUUUACUUUCCAUGCUUCAUCAUCGGUUUCAAUAGACGAUCGACACGCCAAGUCGUUGCUUAUUUGAAUUUGAGUCUUUGCCUCGCUUUGCUUUCCAAUACGAAACAAAACAGAGACAAAAAAAGAAAAAGAAAAAACUAUUGCUUUUUAAACAUCUUUUUCUUUUCUUUUCUUUUCUGAUCGGAGAGAUACUGUACCAAUGACUUGACUACGGGAAAGCUGCUUUAUGUCAGUAUGACUCUUGGUGCUGUCAUCAAGAUGGAACACUGGUGUCCCCUUGUAUUUAGUCGGACUUAUAUAAGUAAACCCUUCACUCGUUUUUUAGCAUUAAACAAACCUUUUUAUUCAAUUUUGAAGAUUAGCACAACCAUUCUUUCCUUUGGGAGAAGCUAGAAACAUCGAGAUACAUUUCUCAUAUUUGCCUGUUAAUAAAGAAGAAUAAAAAAUACAAUAAAAGCAAUAAGCUACACCUGUCUUGUUGCAUUUCAUACUGUUCAUUCAGCUUUUUAAAAAGUUUCAGCUCUCGUUUUUGUCUUAGUCUCUGUCUUCAUAUCUUCUUCUCUUGUCAACGUUGUUUACGAUUAUUCAUUUCAGUAGCCUUCUUUACGAUCAUGAUUAGUAACAAUAUUAUCAACAUUGGAUCCUUGGAGGUUCUCUUUUCUCCCGAGAUCAUUGAACAGUGUUUAAAAGUCUGUCAGCUACCCACAUCUUUGUUGUACGAUGAAAAGGGAUUACAAUUGUUUGACAAAAUCACAGGAACCGAAGAAUACUAUUUGUUUGACUGUGAACUAUCUAUUCUGCAAAGAGAUAGUGAUGCAAUUGCUCAAGAACUCUUGUCGCCUGACCUGCCAAACACAGUGGUCGAGCUCGGCUGUGGUGCUAUGCAUAAAACCAAACAUUUGCUCGACGCCUUUGAACGAACCGGCAAGGAUGUUAAUUUCUAUGCGUUGGACUUGAAUGAGGACGAACUACGCAGAGGCCUCUCCCAGCUAGAACAACAUGCCUCUUACAAACAUGUAAAAGUAGCUGGUAUCUGUGGAUGCUUUGACAUGUUUUUAAAAAACAUUGACAAAUUCCGUGGCUCAUCCAAUGGACAAAUCAGUAUUCUAUAUCUAGGUUCUUCCAUUGGUAACUUCAAUCGUGACUCGGCCACCAAAUUCAUCAAAUCUUUCUCUGAUCGCCUUGCCAUUGGUGACAAAUUCCUUCUUAGCUUUGAUCACCGCAACUCAGCAGAGCUGGUCGAACGUGCCUACGACGAUUCCACUCGCGUCACCGAGACUUUUGAGAAAAAUAUCUUGACCAGUGCAAACCGUGUUUUCGGUGAGGACCUGUUUAACGAAAACGAUUGGGAUUAUGUUAGCAAGUACGAAGAAGAUUUGGGUGUUCAUCGUGCCUAUUUGAGAGCAAAAAAAGACUUAACAAUUGCGAAAGGCCCUAUGGUUUUUAAUUUCAAAGCUGGCCAUCUCCUUCUCUGUGAGGAAAGUUGGAAGAGCAAUGAUAAUGAAUGUCGUGAAAUUAUUCACAACGGCAACUUUGUAGUCGAUAAUGUCCAUACGAAUACUACCCCAAGUUACUCUGUCUAUGUUGGAUCCAAGUCUUUUCCAAUUCUUCCUCAAAUUCCCAAAGAAGCUUCAAUUUCUUUGGAGGAGUGGUCACAAACAAGAGACAUUUGGCUUUUCGUUACCAACAAACUUCUCAAUGACUCAAAUAUCUUUAAUGUAUGGAUUCCUUUGAGACACCCUUUUAUUUUCUAUAUGGGUCAUAUUCCGGUCUUCAAUGACAUCUAUUUAUCUCGCAUUUUUGAAAACCCAGCUACCGCAUCGAAAAGGGAAUAUUGGGAUUGGUUCCAAAGAGGUAUUGAUCCCGAUGUUGAGAAUCCGGAACAAUGCCAUUGGCAUUCUCAAACUCCUCCCAAAUGGCCGUCUCCAAAUGAAUUACGCUCUUACGAAGUUGCUUCAUGGCAAAACCAUAUCUUGAAAUUGUUGGAUGGAAGCCAUGCUCUGUCACCAUCCCAAAAGCGUAUUCUUUGGUUAUGCUAUGAACACGUCGCUAUGCAUAUCGAAACUACGUUGUACAUAUAUGUACAGUCUUUCCAACAUCCCAAACAAAACAAUACUUUAUGUGGUUUACCUCCAAGUAAAAAUCUAAAGCUAAAAAAAGACCCUAGUUGGAUAAAAUUCCCUAACGCACAAGUCCUACAAGGCUUACCAAUUCGUAGUGAUCAAAAAACAAAAUUGAAUUCUGAAGAACCAGACGAGCAAGAAUUUUUUGGAUGGGAUAAUGAGAAACCUUUGAGAAUGAAACAAAUUCCCUCUUUUCAAAUUGCUAACCGACCAAUUUCAAACGGUGAAUACCUAGACUACUUAGAAAGUAAACCUGCUGAUGACAAACAUUAUCCAAAAUCGUGGAAAGUUAUUGAUGGUAAGUUAUACGUGACAACAAUGUAUGGAUUGCUCCCUCUCGAAAGUUAUCACAGUUGGCCAGUUAUGGCAUCUUUCGAAGAACUCAAUGACUAUGCUGCCUCCAAAGGAUGUCGUCUGCCUACCGAAGAAGAACUAAAUCACUUCUACGAUCAUGUUCUUCAUAGGAAGUCUGAAACAUACGUCAGCACCAAAGGAAUGGCUACUGGAUUCCAACAAUUACAUCCAGCGAACUUGAAGGAUGAUGGGACACACCAGAUUUUUACAGGUGCCUGGGAAUGGUCCAGUACAGUGCUUGAUAAACACGAAGGCUUUGAACCAGAAGCGCUUUAUCCGGAUUAUACCAAAGACUUCUUUGAUGGAAAGCAUAAUGUUGUCCUUGGAGGAAGUUUUGCUACAGUCCCCAGGAUUGCCAAUAGAAGAAGCUUCCGUAACUUUUACCAAAGACAAUAUCAAUACGCUUGGAUUACAGCACGCCUUGCAAAAAGCAUUUAAAAAUGUCUUAACGGAAAAGGUCACUUACAUUACCUCUAACGCAUGCAAAUGUUUUUAUUUUAAUAAUAUUUUUAACCUUAUGACUUUUCAUUCCAAAAAUAAAAAACGUCACAUUCUUUCAUGUACAGA